GUGGCUGGCUGGCGCGCCGCUGGUUCACAGACUCGGAGGACUGGGCACCUUCCGGCCCGGGAGGCAGUGCCCUCUCCCCUCAGCUGAUCUCUCUCCAGACCUAGCCUUCCCAGGUGUUGGUGCCUGCCGUGGGUGCAUCCCGACCGGGGCAGGGUCUCUCUCCAGAGACUUUUGUAUCUAAUGGUUGCGGGCGGAGGGAGGCCGUUGCCUUGACGACGACAGCAUGCGGCCCGCGGUCCUCGGAAGUGUGAGCCUGCGGGGGGCCGAAGCCCCUCUGCGUCCCAGCCAGCUUCACCCGGGACCCGCGACGGUGUCCGCCCACGAAACCACCACAGCUCUGGCAUAGCGAGUUGGCAGCCAGCAUCUUUCAGGCCAGUGAGCGAGAUGCACUUCACCUCAGAUGUAUUUCCAAGUUGAAAACCUUUGGGUCUUUCCAGGAGAAGAAUUUUAAAGAAACAUUUCCACAGUAAGAAAAAUUUCAACUGGUUUUGAUUUAAAAUGGAAAAAUAUGAGAACCUAGGAUUGGUUGGAGAAGGGAGCUAUGGAAUGGUAAUGAAGUGUAGGAAUAAAGAUACUGGAAGAAUCGUGGCCAUCAAAAAGUUCUUAGAAAGUGAUGAUGACAAAAUGGUUAAAAAAAUUGCUUUGCGAGAAAUCAAGUUAUUAAAGCAACUGAGGCAUGAAAAUCUGGUGAAUCUAUUGGAAGUGUGUAAGAAAAAAAAACGAUGGUACCUUGUUUUUGAAUUUGUUGACCACACAAUUCUUGAUGACUUGGAACUCUUUCCAAAUGGGCUAGACCAUGAAACAGUUAAAAAAUAUUUGUUUCAGAUUAUUAAUGGAAUUGGAUUUUGUCACAGUCAUAAUUUUCAGAAAUGCUUGCAUAUUGACCCAGACAAAAGGCCCUUCUGUGCGGAGCUCCUGAACCAUGACUUCUUUCGUGUGGAUGGGUUUGCUGAGAGGUUUUCUCAGGAACUACAAUUAAAAGUACAGAAAGAUGGGAGAAAUAUUUCUUUAUCUAAAAAAUCCCAAAAUAGGAAGAAGGAAAAGGAAAAAGAUGAUUCCUUAGGUGAAGAAAGAAAAACACUUACGGUGCAGGAUACCAAUACUGAUCCCAAAAUUAAGGAUUCUAAAGUAUUUAAAAUAAAAGGGUCAAAAAUUGAUGGAGAAAAAGUUGAAAAAGGCAUUCGAGGGUCAAAUGUCAGCUGUCUCCAUGAGAGUGGGACAAGCCACAUCAAAGUAGUGCCUUCAACAAGCCUCGGAGACUGCAGCAGUGGCAGUGUGGAUCACCCAAGGAACCCAGGCACGGCCAUCCCUCCACUUACGCACAAUCUUUCUACCAUGGCUUCUGAUAUUAACUCUGGAAUGGGAACUGUCCCAGGAGUACAGAAUUAUAGAGUGGAUGAGAAAACCAAGAAAUACUACAUUCCAUUUGUUAAACCAAGUAAACAUUCUCCAUCAGGCGUUUUUAACAUUAACAUGGCCACAUCAGUGACUAGUGAAAAGAGCCUCCUUCAGGCAAAUAAGAAACGAAAAGAAAAAGAAGGGAUUAAGACAGACGUCCGUUUGCCUGAGCUAAAUUAUAAUCAUCUUCCCGAACUAAGAGCCUUGGAAGGCAUAGCUCGAAAUUCCAGGCUAUCAAGGAAAGAGAACAAAAUUCUUUCAGAAUCUCGAAUUCCAUCACUGGCUGCUAUUGACCUCUACACCCCCAGUGCUGCAUUGCAUCAGGCAGCAGGGUCUCCCCCGUCAGAUGCUUCAGAGGCUGACUUCCCUCGAGUGGAACACCAGCACUGAGGAUUAUUUUGAUUCGGAAUUGGAUGCUGCUCUAGCGCUUGCGAUGGCGUCCUCUUAUGCUGACAUUGUACGAGGAGAGAUUUGUGGUUUUGAUUGUUCUCACUUGAACUGCCUGUAUUUCCUGAGAAAGACCUUGCCGAAGAAGGAAAGACAAGACUUCCUUUCCAAAUGUUUUGAAAGGAGAAGACAAAUACCCUCAGCUGCUAACCCAUCGCCUUUCAGGUCACCUGGCGUUACUUCAAGAUGUGUCCAAUGAAAGGAGAGUGAGAUGGUUCUUGUUAACACGAAUGCAUAUUUGCUGUUAUUAGAUUGUGUAUUUAAGGUUACCAAGAUUAAAAGUGAGUCAAAAGAGAGAAGCAUAUUAUAAAAGGUCAUGUUUUUAAUGCAUUGAACUUGGUGUGUUACUUAUAUAAAUGUGUGCAUUUAUUUAGGAGUGGUUGGUGGGGGUAGGUAGUAAAAGUAGGACCAAUAAGAGAGAAUGUUUUCUUUACCCUAACUUAUCUAUAAAAACCCUCCGUAACAUCUCGUUUGUUUCUAGCAUUAACAAUAUGUGAUUGCUUUCCAUGGAUCGACUUAUAUACUCAGUGUCUGUGGUUGCUGUUGAUAUUUGAUCAGUGUACUGUGGGAAUCUGUGCUUGCUGCCGCUCUUCUUCUAAAAACUACACGUAGGUGUCUCUGACAAGAAAACUUUUCAUUCUGAUGACCGAUGCCACUCGGGCCUGGGAGAGGCCUCUGUAUUGUAAAGUUCUGGUGCUGAUGUUUCUUUGUAAAGGGAAAUGAUUAGAACAAGUCUGAGGAAGAUGAUUUUGUAGGUGUGUGUGGUUGUUGAGUACUGCAUUUCUCAUUGACAAAAUUACACCCAAGGAGCCUUCAAAAAGUUUGUGGGAAAAUGGAAUUAAAAGAGAAUAGAUGUUUUCUAUGAAGUUUUUGAAGCCCCCUAGGUUGUGUCUGUGUAUAAAUUCGGAGGUGGGAAGCAGGGUUACCUGUGGAUCAGGAUGGAAUUGUGCUUCUCUGAAGAAGCUUUUGGGACAGCAAUCCAUUGCUCUGGAUAACCAUCCCUGUCCACAGCAGGAGAGCCUUGUCUCAUUGUUUCCUCAACAACUGGGGCCUUCCCAAAAUGUUUUCGACACAUUACAAAAUCGCUUAGCCACAAUCCUCACAUUGUUUCUAAUGCACUGGGCAGCAAUUUAAUAGGUGAGAAGGUUAAAAAUAUUUGGGUCCAGGCUCUUUAUUUCUAGAGGGAUUCUAGUUGCCCUCUGCUUUGAUCACAUUAGGGAGUGGUUGUUAAGGGGACAAGAAUUUGUGGGGUCUUUUGCCUUAACCAAUUAGCAGUGUCUUGUUUUUCUAAAGGUCAGUAUCUAGGACUUAGCACAAACGUGUAACUAAUCCUUUUUCUAUAUUACUCGAGAGUACUUAAUUAAUAUUGAAUUCUAACCUUAGACACAUGGGCCUUAAGAGACUGGGUACAUUCAGGAGGAAACAAAACAGGGUAGUUCUAGUGUUGUGUGUGUGUUGUAUGUGACUUGCACAGCCCAUAGGGCAGAGUAGAACUGCCCCAUAGGGUUCCUAGGUGGAAAUUGUUAUGAGAGCAGAUUGCCAAAACUUUUCUUCUGAGGAGCCAGUGCAUGGGUUUGAACCACUAACCUUUCAGUUAGCAGCUGCUCACUUAACAUCUGCCCCACCAGAGCGCCUUGUACAACUCUACCAGUGGUUAACUUAAAAUUUGGUCUUGAUUUUAAAGCUCUAUUUUUCACCUCUGACUAGGGUUUUGACUACAUUGAUAUGGCUAACAUGUUGAGAAAAUUAGCAUAUAGGUAUUGAUAGAUUUUGCAUGAAAAUAUUAUUGUUAUUGAGUUUGACUUUGAGAAAUAUUGCUAAUAGAUCAGUGUGAAGAUACCAGCUCAGUGUCUGAGACUUAGAACCAGUUUCCCUCUCAUUUCCUACACAUACUUUUGGUAUAUUUUUCUUAUUCAAAUACUUUGUGAACUUUAGAAUUAAGGAUUAAAACUAAUUGACUACUAUUCCAAAUUGAGACUUGAGGAACAGAUCUUAUUAGAACCUUGGCAGUUUUAAUAGGAAAAGAGGAUUUUCAAAAUUGUGAUUAUAGAUGCUUAACCAAAAUAAUACUUUUUUAAAAAUCAAAGUUUUAGUCUCUCUUUACAACAGUUUGAUUUAGUCACCCACUAAUAGGAUGUAUACUGAUGGUGGAAAUUGGGUUUGCUGUGUGUAUGUGUGCUUGUUUUAAAAUUAAUAAAUAUAUUUUACUGAGCUUCAUAGAUGGUUUUUAUUUGGAUUUGUUAUAUUAAGAGACUAUCCAUAAUGUAUGUACUACCGUAUGAUAUGUAUCCAAUAAAUAUGAAACAAACUAUA